ACCACCGUCGAGCGGCGAGGCGGUGAACAGCACAAACCUCCUGUCAUGCUUUAGGAGCAGCACACACACACACAUGUUAGCCGGACUGAACUGAGCCCAGCCCUACCUCUGGACUGCGAUCAGUUCACAUCAGAUCCGUCCGAUCAUCAUCAGAGCUCCUUAAACUAACAGUCUCAGCGACAGACAGACAGACAGCCACACGAGUUAUGGACACCAGACUGCCCUCCAGCUAGCUAACUGCUAUCGGAGCCCGAAACAUGCACUAGACAGGCGUUGUGUAAGAAGAACGUUUCCUGUUUUUGCUGGAGUGACAUUGGUGUCACAUCUGGCCAUCAGCAGUUGAAGAUGCAGACCUUUCUGAGAUGCAGGCGUGUGGGCUAUUGGCUCAGCGAAAAGAAGAUGAAAAAACUCAAUUUCUUGGCAUUUGCAGAGAUGUGCAGAAAAAGGGGGAUAGAAGUUGUUCAGCUUGACUUGAGCCAGCCGCUAGAAGAUCAGGGUCCAUUGGAUGUCAUCAUUCAUAAGCUAACAGACCUGAUCCUGGAGGCGGACCAGAACGACACUCAGUCCCUCCUUCUGGUCCAGCGGGUGCAGGAUUAUAUUGAUGCUCACCCAGAGACCAUCAUUCUGGACCCACUUCCAGCCAUCAGAACUCUACUGGAUCGUUGCAAGUCUUACCAGCUGGUCCACCGGAUAGAGGACCGCAUGAGAGAUGACAGGAUAUGUUCUCCUCCGUUUAUGGUACUGAACAGCGAGUGUGGGCCAGAUACACUGGAGCAGAUCGAGCAGCACGGUCUUACAUUUCCCUUCAUUUGCAAAACACGUGUGGCUCACGGAACAAACUCCCAUGAGAUGGCUAUAAUUUUCGGUGCUGAGGACCUAAAGGAUGUAAAGCCCCCUUGUGUUAUUCAGAGUUUCAUAAACCACAACGCUGUGCUCUAUAAGGUGUUCGUGGUCGGCGAGUCGUACACUGUGGUGGAGAGACCAUCGCUGAAGAACUUCCCCUUUGGACCAUCCGACAGAAAAGCAAUUUUCUUCAAUAGCCACAACGUGUCCAAGCCCGAGUCAUCGUCUGACCUCACAUCUAGAGACAAUGUGGAAGGUGUAUCUCAGCCACCUAAUAAUGAUGUCAUCAGGGAGCUGUGUAAAUCUCUGCGGGAAUCUCUGGGGGUUUCGCUUUUUGGCGUUGAUGUUAUCAUUAACAACCAGACGGGCCAACACGCAGUCAUUGACAUCAAUGCAUUCCCCGGAUAUGAGGGUGUUCCCGAGUUUUUCAAUGACCUCCUGAACCACAUCAUCAGCGUCCUUCAAGGCCACUCUUCCAGCGAUCCGUUGGCUCCGCCUCCUUCCACCCACCAAUCCACUUUAGGUGCAGGAGAGCGUAGCUGUGCCCCAUCCCAGGAGUGCUGCAGUGUGCUGGCAAAGGAGUCGGACAGCAGCCCCUGGAUUGUGGAGGGGGAGGGUGGUCUAAAGGGCCCCUGUCAGAGACUGGGCUGCAACCCGGCCAUGUCCCCCAACUUCCAGCAGCAUUGCGUGUCCACAAUUGCCACUAAAGCAUCGUCGCAAUGACUGCCCCUGAGCCCCCAGCCUUUCCUUGAACAAAUUGUGAAGACAAAGUGAAUAAUAUACAAUAACAAUAAUAACUAUAAUAUAUCUGUAAUCACAAAUAAACUAUAAUGGGAAUAAUUGUAAUGAUGUUGAUAAUGGGCAUUGGCCUCUUUCUCCUACGCCUAUGUUUUUUUUUAAUAGUUUAUUUGCUUUCUUUUUAGUCCAAUAACUCAGUACUGUAAUGUGAACUUUCUGGAACUCAAUAUUGAUCCGCUGAUUUGUGGUAUUUUUUAAAUCUGUUUUAUUCUGAAUCAAAGUAGGGAAAUUAGUGGAAGUUGAGUCGACUUAACACACUAGUAUGAUCGGACAUUUGAGCUGAAAAUGGUUACUCUAGUUGCAUACAGAAAGGUUAACUUUAGCAGUCUUUGACACUGAACACACACAAUAUUCACACCGCCCGGACACCUACAAUGUUUUUGUGUUCUAUAUUUAGUGGCAGUCCCAUAGUGUGAUGAUUCACAGUGUAAGACCUUGGGCAUCGUCUCCAAACCUGCUCUUAAAUGAAGGCCACAUGGAACAGCAUGCAGCUUGCAUAGACUGAAUGCCACCGUGUCUGAUUUUCUGACACUCCGUGAUUAUUUCGUACUUCCACAACUUGACACCUGAAAUUUUUCACAUACAUGUUGCUAAAUCAGCAUUCUGUUAUUUGUCGGUGUUAAGUUUAAUUACACAGUUGCAAGAGGAUAUCUUGACAUUCCCUCUGUGUGUGUGUGUGUGUGUGUACAUACGUGAGUGCGUAAUUUUUUUAAGCAGACCGUCCUUAAAAAGUUCUAAUGUUUUGUAUUUGAUCCAGUACAAGUCAUUUUUGUGACUACACAGUAAGCUUCAUAUUAGUACAUAUCUUUCAAAUAUAUGAACAAACUGUAAAAGAUGGAUUUAAUGUAUAUGUUGCGGGUCAUUUUUUUGUUGUUGUUUCUAAUUGCACAGAAAGAGACAUCGGUUUGUAAAAGGGUUAAUCGCUUACCAUUCCUGCUUUAGAAGGAAAUAUUGAUAAUUUUGUUUUUAUCGCUAACCUGUUUAAAAAUGACUAAUUAAUACAAAGUAUUUAAGUUUUACACAGACAUACAGUUAGCUAGGUAACAUUAAAUAAUUUGCUGAUUUGGAGACUGAUCAAACUAAUGUGUUAACAGCCAUAAAGUGUUUCAAAAGAUUGACUCAUUUAGCACUAAUUCAUAAAAAUUGUAAAUAAAACCAUGUGGUGAAAGAAUUAGAUAUUGAUACAAAUUAAUAACAUCAUUAUUUGAUUUGGGGUUGUUGAAAACCGCAGCUUUCGGUUCUUUUUUGCACAAGUUCUUUUAAAAAACUGUAACACAUUACAAUAAGGUUGCAUUUGUUAAGAUAGCUAAUGCAUUAGCUAACAAUGAACAAUACUUCUCCAGCAUGUAUUAAUCUAAGUUCAUGCUUUUUUCAGCAUUUAACUCAUUCCCUGCCAGCCUUUUUUUUUUUUUUUUUUGAAAAAUUGCUCGCUUGCUUUUUUGUGAUUUUCAAAAAAGUUUCACAAAAUGCUUUCCAGGAAAAUGUUCUUCUAAAAAUAUAUAAACAUAUAAAUAUAUCAAAUCAAAAAGAACAGACCAUCUGCUUUCAAACAAGCAAUAAACAAACUAACAAAACGGGGGG